AGAUAACGACUGCAGACCACCUAACCCCGUCACUCAAUAACUUCACAGCGCAAUGAUCAGGGCGCUACUUAUCGCCCUCUGUGGGCUCGGGGCCUCGGGCUUCGUGGUGAAUUCUGGAAACGGUCUUCUGGAUAGGGUCCUGGACAAUCUGGAGAAGCAGUCGAAGUUUUUCAGCUCCGACUACAGCGACAUCAACGUGGACGGACUGUUUGGUCUCAGAAUGGCGCAAGGUCAGAUUUUGGCGGCGGUGGAGGAAUGCCACAAGAGGCCAGUCUGUUCGGCACGCUACCUGUCCAAAAUAAAGGACCUCGAAUCAAAGGUAGGGGAAACCUCCGACAAGGCCCUGCCUUACGUCAAAGAUUCGGACCCCGCCUACUACGAACGUUUCUACCAAACCAUUGCAAAAGCCUGGAUCCUCCCCUACCAAGCCAUGUUGUUUGACAAAGCAGAACUUGGAUCCGUCAAGCUGGGGACCAAUACGUCAUAUGACGAGGAUUACGGGGACGCUUGUUACGCCAGGGUCAUGGGAACGUUUGACAAGAAUCUACCUCGUUGCACGGUGACGCCGGAAUGUUGGGAUUUUAUGACGUCACCGGACACGUCUCAAUACGCCCUCACACAUCAGCUUCUGUAUUUCAUUGUCAUAGAACACGUAGGUUGUUUAAAAGACGUGGAGAGAAACCUAAAGGGGAAGAAAAUAAGGGAUGUGCAAUCACGGAUGUGCGAAAAAAUCUAUAAAGAGGCUGAAGGUCUUGUCAAGAAAACAAAUGUGAAAAGCAUAAACAGAGAUCUGUUCUUGGAGCAAACCGUGCUGUGUGGCCCCCUGGGAUACGAGAGCUUCAUGAGAGAGGACUGGAUGGCCAUGACCCUGCGCUGGCUGGACACGCACUAUGGAUGCUUCAGAAUGACCUUGGACGACCUUGAACAGCUGACCGACGAAAUGGUGCAUGACGUAUACAAGGGAAUGAACGUCUCCAAGGAAACGAUAGAAAAGGCCAAACAACUAGCGGAGCAGGAAUCGAAGGAGUCCUACGAGGAACAGCAAGAGAAGGAGCUUAAGGCCGAGACAAAUUCUAGUCCUACCAUGAGGAAGCUGAUGAGAGAGAAGGGAAUGAAAGACGACUGUCUCGCCCACACUUCCGGUUUAGGAUUUGGGGUCUAUGCAACAUAUCUAAAUUAUCUUAUUUUACAUAUGUAAAUAUGUCAAUAAACAAUUCUCUUUUAAACACA